CAACAUUAAUUUAACUCUUCCUAUUGUGCUUAUAUAUACUAUUCAAUAGAUACAUCUUCAUCUUUUUUUUAUUUUCUCGGACGGCAGUUGCUACUUCAAUCAACACCGUUUUACACUUUUGGCUGCUGGGACUACGUCUCCUCGCAGGAAGAUUCAUAGAUACACGAUCUUCUGGGUCUUCAUUUAUCUUAGUGUUAGUGUUGCGCCGAUCCCUUCACCGAUUUCGCUUGAGCCCGUUGCUUAGUUUAGAAAGUUCUCUGAUAAUGUUCAUGUCUCCUAGAUCCAUCAUGGUUGUUUCGCGCAUAGAUAGGAAGUUCUGAGAACUCGCCAUAGAUUUUCUACAAGGCAGGCCACGCCCCUGUCUUCUCUUAGAAUUCGUAAGUCCGGGCCACGCCCCCGAAUCAAGCCACGGAAAUAAAUGCUGGUGGACUUGUAGACAAGUAGGCAAAAGAAAAAGACCAACUUGAUAGCGUAGGGCAUCAACUGAAAAAGAUUAAUAGAUAUUUACUUUUCUACUAACUGUAACUUGGUAGAAGAUCGAGCUGUGAAGAUGUCUGACUCUUCGUAGGUGUUCAUCUUCCGAGAAUAUAUUCUUAUAGCUCUUCCUGAGUUUUUAGACACAUAGAGCACAAUGUACCUGGUAGCUAACGUCCGGGGGUUCCUGGUCCCCCAUGGUCCCGUCGAAGAAAGCGCGAGCCUAAUAGUUAUUCUUAUUUCAAAUUCAUCAUCAAUGGCAGUGGUGCCUGGAGUAUCAAUCUCGUUUGAUUGCAGUGCUGGAAUAUCAAUGUUAACGAGUACGAGUGGCCAUGGUGUUCCACCGAUGAGGCGAAAGAUGAGAGAGCAACAAAGGAGCAGGACCACCGAUGUUAUGUUCGAAUGCUUUCAAUGGCUGCAAGGUCAUACAGUUUUACGGAAAUUGCAUAACCUGCGUCGGGAGGUGGAUCAGAGUCGGGAACCGAACGCAAGAGGAAAAUUAUAUGACUAG